GCAGCGGAUCCAGUUCUCUUGGUCGACGAGCAAGCUUCCCAUACUCCGUCGGACGCCGUCCACCGUUGUUCUGCGUGGUUGUUCUCGGGCAAGCAGUGAAGAAGGUUCGAACCCUAGGGCUUUUUCUACUCCCAAAAUCCGGGUGCAAAGCAAAUAAAAUGUCCAAAAGAGCAAUUUUCCCCUGCAUUUUGGCUCCAUGAGUCACAUUCUUGAUUGAACAACAACAUGAGGUUUACUGUAAUUUCUAGAUUACUUCCUCGUCGCCACACUCUGCCCAGUACAUGUGCACUCGGGAACUCUCGUGCAUUCCAGCCUGAUUUUGUACCCAGAGAUCCAAAGGCCAAGCCAAGAAAGUACAAAAUUCCUCAGUUUUAUGAUCCUUAUGGUCCCAGACCUCCUCCUUCAGAGAAAGUUGUUCAACUUGCAGAGCGAAUUGCGGCACUACCUGAUGAAGAACGCAGCCAAAUCAUGCCUACUCUGGCAGAGAGACUAAGGCUUCCAAAGUUGCAGCCAAUUUCAACUGAAGGCAUGGACUUGGCCCCACAGGGUGGCGCGGCUGGACCGAAGGCUGAGGAGAAAAAGGCAGAGAAAACAGCAUUUGAUGUCAAGUUGGAAAAAUUUGAUGCUGCUGCAAAGAUCAAGGUGAUUAAGGAGGUCAGGGCAUUUACCAGCCUGGGUUUGAAAGAGGCCAAAGAUCUAGUUGAAAAAGUACCAGUUGUGCUCAAACAAGGGGUCACUAAAGAAGAAGCAAAUGACAUGAUAGAAAAAAUUAAAGCUGCUGGAGGAGUAGCAGUUAUGGAGUAAAAGUAUUGUUGGAGGCAAAAACUAUAUUCUGUACGUUGAGGCAAAUAAAUUACAAUUUGAUAUUGUCUUGAGAAGUUUCCUGUAGUCAGAUAUUGUGAGAGCUUACUGUUCGUAUUUUUGACAGUUAAAAUUGCAGUUUGUCCUGGGGGCCAUCAGGUCAACCUUUUUAAACGGUUCUAUGAUGAACUCAAAAAACGAUUUCAGCCGGUUACCAGUUGAUGUAUUC